AUGUUAUAUACAGUUAUAUACAGUUAAAAACAGUCCCUUUUUGUGUAAUAAAAAGAAAAAAUAAAAUAAAAAAGCCUACCAAUGAUAAAUGAUUUUUGAUUUUAUUACAAAAUUCUGUUACUCAUACGCACUGUUGGACCAGUCACGUAUGGACAAACUCAAACAAAUAUAAUUAAUUGCUGUGAUAUUAAUGGUUUUAGGAUAAAUUUUACACAAAAUAUAUAUUCAAAUAGCAAAAGGAGUAUUGUGUGAAUGUGCGCCAUAAAAAUUACAAAAAAUAGAGUAUUUUGCACUGCCAACAAGGAUAUGAAAUUCUAUAAAUUGUCAUAUUGUUGUUUCUAAUUCUAUAAAGUGCUUUAUAAGCUAACUACUUAACGAACUAAAUUUAUCAAAUCAGCGAAAAUGUUCAGUCGCAGCAAUUCACAUCCAGGCAAUGGACCCACUGACGCCUACACACAGGUGUUUGCGAACAACACACCAACCAAGUCCAUAACGGCAGGUGUGAAAACUACCGAACGUGAUGCUAAUCGCGGUCAAUGGGGUUCAAAGACAGAAUUUAUGCUGUCCUGCAUCGGCUAUGCAGUGGGCAUUGGCAAUGUUUGGCGUUUUCCAUAUCUCUGCUAUCGCAGUGGUGGCGGCGCAUUUUUGGUGCCUUACCUGCUGAUGUUAUUCCUUUGUGGCAUUCCAUUAUUUUUCAUGGAGAUUGUUAUGGGCCAAUUCUCCAGCGUUGGCUGCAUAGGCGUCUUCCGCUUGGCACCGUUAUUUAAAGGCGCCGGCUUCGCUAUAGUAAUUGUUAAUUUUAUUUGUACCUGCUACUAUUCGGUGGUCAUCGCCUAUCCGAUUAUGUUUUUAAGUAAAUUAUUUUCAUUAAAAUUGCCUUGGAUUGACUGUCAGAAUGCGUGGAACACAGAGCAUUGUGUGGAGGUUUUGGAUUUAGCGAAACGUAACUUCACGCAUCACUCAGGGUUUCGCACGCCAGCCGAUGAGUUCUUUCAUUUCGAAAUUUUAAAAAUAUCUGGCAGCAUUGAAGAAUUAGGCGGACUGGUAUGGCCGUUAUUCUAUUGCUUGAUCUUUGUGUGGCUCUCGGUGUAUGUCUGCAUCAUACGCGGCAUAAAAACGGUCGGCAAAGUGGUUUACUUCACCGCUGUCUUUCCGUUUUUCAUACUCUUCGUGCUAUUUGUGCGCGGCAUAACGUUGCCUGGCGCUUGGAAAGGUAUUUUAUUCUACAUCAAACCGGAAUGGUCACGCUUGCUGGAUCUCAAAGUUUGGGCCGAUGCUGCAAUACAGAUAUUCUUUUCAUUGGGACCCGGUUGGGGCGGUAUUGUGAAUAUGGCCAGUUUCAAUAAUUUUCGCAACAAUGCCAGAGGCGAUUCGUUUGUUAUACCGAUUGUGAAUUGUGCAACCAGCAUAUUUGCAGGGUUCGUGGUGUUCUCCGUGUUGGGUUUUCUUUCGCACCAAUCAGGCAUACCUGUUGCCACUGUGGCAACUUCUGGUCCGGGUCUGGCCUUUGUAACAUAUCCACAGGCGAUCGCCAUGCUACCAAUGCCACAUUUGUGGGCCGCACUCUUCUUCUUCAUGCUCUUCCUGCUGGGUCUGGAUAGUGUGUUUGUACAAAUUGAGGCGAUUAUAUCGUCUGUUAUCGAUGAGAUACCCAAGCUGCGUAAGCAUAAGGCAUUGGUCACUCUGGGAUCGGUUAUAAUCAUGUUUUUAAUGUCCAUAAUUAUGGUGACAAGGGGUGGCAUAUUCAUACUUCAACUAUUUGAUUGGUAUUCCGCCUCGAUUUCGGUCAUACUCGUUUGUGUUUUAGAAGUUGUGAUGGUCGCCUGGAUCUAUGGCGUCGACAAUUUUAUUGCCGAUAUAUACUUUAUGAUCGGCAAACGUCCGGGAAUCGUUUGGAAGUUUUGUUGGAAGUAUAUAACGCCGAUUAUUUUGAUUGGCAUGUUUUUCACCAGCAUCAUAUUCAAUCGCGAUAUAACCUAUAACGGUAUUAUAUAUCCACGUUGGGCCAUAGCACUUGGUUGGCUGAGUUGUUGCAUCUCCAUCGCAUGCAUUCCAGCAUAUAUGCUAUAUACGUUAGUGCGUGGGAAGACCACGCCUCUGAAGACUAUACGUAAACAAUUGCAAGCUGUAGACUGGACACCGGCUAGUGAGCAGCAUCGACUUGAGUAUGAGGAAUAUCAGCGUUCACGCAAAUUAACUAGUGAACUGAAUAAUAUCAAAGUGGAGUCGAUCGCUAAAUCAAGGGUGUGAUUGCACAAAAUGUACAAAGAUGAGAUAUAUGUAAAUAUGGGAAUACAAUUUUUAUUUCCAAUAUAUAUAUACAUAUAUAUUUGGCGUAGGAACCGCUUUAAGCGAUUAUAGCCGAAUUUUAUUUCCAAUACUAAAUCUUAAAAAAUUAUAAAAAAUUUGUUUAAGCAAAAAUUUGAUAUAAUAAGCAUUUAUUAAUAAAAAUUAUGAAUAUUUAUAAAUGUUUCUUUGGCUUAGAGAAAACGUACGUAAAAAUAUGAGCGCAAAUUCGAAUAGAUUUCUAUAUAACAAUAAACACUGCUACUAAAUCUGUGUAUUAAUACGAGUAUAUAUAUAUACAAUUUGUUCUUUUCUACAAAUCACAAUUUAACCACUUCAAUUUGCAUAUAUGUAUAUAUACAUAUUG